AUGUAUACAUUUGCGUACUGUUCAUUGGUUGUUGUCUGUUUUGGUUCGAUAAGUGCCGAUGUAAAUAGCGAUUCAGGAUUCAACUUCCUAGUUAUAGUUACUGAUGACCAAGACAUCAUGCUUAAUGGCAUGACCCCAAUGGCCAAAACUCUUGAACACAUCGCAAACGAAGGAAUGACCUUUGUCAAUGCAUUUACAACAUCUCCGAUUUGUUGCCCGUCACGAAGUUCAAUUCUGACAGGAAAAUAUGCUCACAAUCACCAAACAAAGAACAACUCUCGUUCAGGCGGCUGUUAUGGACGUGUUUGGCGUGAAACGAUUGAACCGGCGGCUCUUCCCGUUUGGUUAUCUCAGGCUGGAUAUGAUACAUUUUUCGCUGGGAAGUAUUUAAACGAGUAUUUUUCAGCAAAUAUUCCACCGGGAUGGUCUCAGUGGUUUGGUUUACAUGGGAAUUCGCGAUACUACAACUUUACCGUAACUGAAAAUGGUGAAGUGGCCACUUAUACCAAUGAAUAUUUUACUGAUUACUUGGAUACUAAAACGGUAAACUUCCUCAAGAACUUAAGAGCAGAUCGGCAUUUUUUUGCGAUGGUUACACCUCCCGCUCCACAUGCCCCAUUCACAUCAGCAGACAGACACAAAGAUCUUUUCCCCAAUGUUAAAGCAAUACAAACGCCGAAUUUCAACAUAUCUUCCACUCCAUUACGUAAUGUCGAUGGUUCAGAAAAACAUUGGCUAUUAACUAUGGAACCUUCCACAUUACCAUUAAAGUUCCUGGAUGAGAUGGACACGAUUCACCGUAAAAGAUGGCAAACACUGAUGGCAGUUGAUAAUAUGGUGGAGAACAUUGUGAACAUUUUACGUGAAAAGAAAUUAUUGGAAAAAACAUUUAUCUUUUAUACUUCCGACAAUGGUUUUCAUUUAGGGCAAUUCUCCCAAGCUUAUGAUAAACGGCAACCCUAUGAGACGGAUAUUAGGGUACCUUUAUUCGUAAGAGGACCUACAAUCAAACCGAAAGCAGUCCAAAAGUCAGCCGUUGCAUUGCUAGACAUCGUGCCCACGAUCCUGCAGCUUGCUAAUCUAGAACUGCCUUCCUUCUUAGAUGGCCAACCGUUGCCACUGCAAAGUGAUGAAGAUGUGUUAAUUGAAAGACAACUACUGGUAGAAUACUGGGGAGAAGGAUCCUUGGAAACGUAUAACCCCGAAUGUCCAUGGGCAGCGCAAGACAGACUCCAGUUGUGCACUGUUGAUGCUGCGUGCCAUUGCCAAGACGCCUGGAAUAAUACUUACAAUUGCGUUCGCCAUCUGGCUACUGAUUUGAAUUUCAUUUACUGCGAAUUCAAGGAUAAUCAGAAUUUCGUUGAAGCUUAUAAUAUUGCCAAUGACCUGUAUCAAAUGAAGAACAUCGGCUUCGAAAUACUUCCCUCAAUUAGAGCAAAGUACAGCUUAGCAAUACAGAAUCUCACUGCCUGUGUGGGUCAUACAUGUCAUAUUAUUUACUGAUUUACUAUCAUGUAAUUGAAUGUUGCCUAGGAACUGUUAUUAAAUAUUGCAGCACGCAUGGACAGUCAACUGACCGCAACCAUAAAUAGUCGGCACAUAUCAGCGCAUAAAUGUUUUCUUUUUCUUAAAAUCUCUAAAUAGCCUCGGUUGGUUAGAUUGUACAAUCAAAACAAUAUAUAUCAAUUAAAUGUGAUGUGUAUGACAAACAAAAAUAAAGCUAAAAUAAUCAUUUUUAUGUGUGAAAUCA